AUGUCAUAUGCAGGCCAUAACUUUGAUACUUUCUCGCAGCCUAUGUCGUCUGUUGGCAAAUAUAAACAAAGAUUGUCUUAUCCCAUCUCCUCCCUUCAAAGUGUUACAGACACUCCUUGUAUUCGCUUCUCACCGGAGGGUGCUGUCUCUUAUACAAUUGUUGAUAAUGACCAGACUGGUUCCGAUAGCUGCCCUCCACUUCUAGCGUUAGGAAAGCGGGCUUUCCACAAGGCGAAGAAAUGGUUGCAAAGACCGAAUACCUUACAAUUUCCACCCGUCGAGUCAACCAUUUCUCAGAAAAGACAGACUACAACGCGCCGUAAAUUCAGAUGGAGUCUACAAACCUCCUCGAAUCUACCACGCACCUCAGCCCGUCCGUCUUUACGCGUAUUUAGGUCUCGGUGCGAUUCUAGUGCCUCAGAAUCUUCAGUAGCUUCGUCGUCCUCGGAGGCUUCGACCAGUUCCCAGUCUAACACGAGUGUUGAAGAUUCAGAGGAUAUGCCUAUUGCCAACGGCCGCCUUUCUCACACUCCUCCCGCAUUCAUGAACACACUUUCGUUUCACCCGACCACCCAUCACCAAACGAUCGACCAUACAUUUGGCCCAUUCUUCAAAUUACUGUAA